AAUUUAAUCUCUUUUCUAUGUCGUAAUCCCAUCAUUUGCCCGCGGUCAGAACUCAGAAUUCUGAAUUGGUCAGAAUCAUAUUACCUAUACGGCUAUACCUUAAAUCUUCAAUCGUGCUCAUAAUGCAUGUUUCCCAUCAUGUUUCAUUUUUUUUUUUGGUAUGCCUCAGACGUCGGGUCUAAGAUAUAUCUUAGUCCGUGCCUAUAGUCUAUUGAAUAAUCCAUAACAAUUUAUUAUUUAUUAUUUAAUACAAUAUUGUCAUAGUCUCGCUACCUAUUGUAAUGUUACAAAUGACAACUUAUAAGAGUAGGUAGUCUGUGAUUAGUGCAGGGUACGAGUAUUUGAAAAAUACUUAAAAUGCCUGUUUCGUGUGCAGCGUGCACAAACAGGUACAAAGUUGGACAGAAUAUACAUUUCUUUCGAUUUCCCAUUUCUAAAAACGAAUUGAUGACAAAAUGGUUAAGUGCUAUGAGGAGAAAACAAUUUGAAGCAACUCAAUGGAGUCGAUUAUGCAGUGUUCAUUUUACUGAACAAGACUUUCAAAUUAGACCUGGAGCAAAUCGAUUACUAUUAAAGAACAAUGCAGUUCCAUCAAUAUUUCCAUCACUUCCGUCUAACCUUAAAAAACCAAAUAAAAUUCCUAGAAAAACCCCUACGCUGAGGAACACUUGUAGUAAAGAUGUAACUGUAGAUCAAUUAGAAAACAACAUAUAUCAAUGUGACGACAUGCAUUCAAUUACUAAUUUUAAGAGUGUUGAAAUACAAACUGAAACCUAUCAUUCAAAUGAAGAAAUGCAUAAAAAUAAAAUUAAAACACUACAGCAAAAACUACGAAGGAAAAAUAAAAAAAUUGAAAAUUUAGAAGAUUUAGUAAAAAAUAUUAAACACAGUAAAUUGCCAAAUAAAAAGCAAGAUACACAAAGCCUACAUUUAGAUGAUGUACAAAUUGCAUCUGAAGAAACAAAUGACAAUUGCAAAUCAGAUAAUACUAAUCUUAAUCUGGGUGGUAUUUGCCAAGAUUUAAGUAAUUACAAUGAUUUUGAAGCAACGAUAAAACAGUUUGAUGGGUGUGUUGGUAAAAUGAAACGUGCUUUUAAUUUAAACAAAGCAUACUUUCUACCAGCCAUAAAAAGUUUUGUAAAAUCAAUGAACAAGAAUGUAAAAACACAUGCAGAACUUUGUUCAGCUAUGAAGAAUUUUGGUAAUAAAAGAAUUGGAACCAAGGCCACUGCAAGAACUAGACAAAAAACACUAAUAGGAAAAAGAAACAAUUUGACAGCUGGAAGAACUCCGAACUGGAGACGAGUACCAGAACACGGUUACGCUAUUAGAAUAAGUUCAAGUAGAUAACCUCAAAAGAAAAAAACUCUACAUUCUUUAACACGCUGUAUAGAAAUAAAUAAAGCAUUAGACUCAACACAUAAUUUGAAGUAAUAAUAAUAUGGCAAAUCAACAUUUGUAAUAUUGUUCUAAUUAAUUUUUAAAGUUUAUUUUUUUUAAUUUUUCGUCAUCUAAAUAUGUAAUAGUUACUUUAGUACUACAUUUUUAAUACACUUAUUACAUGUGUUAUUAUUUUAA